UUAUGACGAUAGCGGAAGUGAUAUACGGUGAGGGUUUUAUUUAAUUUGGAUGCGAGAUCAAUGCUAAACGAGAUUAAACAACAAAGCACCAAUGUAACCCAACACGGCUUUGACUUCGGUUUUAUCUAGGCCAUCAUCUCGCAGACUUCCCCACGCAGUCCAGCUCUUUUUCUGCUGCUCGCUGCCUCGCUCGCACACGUCACAGUCUUUUGUGAGCAGCGGCGCGCUCGCACAGACUGAUCGCGGGUGCGCGAGACUACAGAAGACACUAUCCACGGUCGCGUUAUUUAGUAUCUCACGAACAACAACAUUUGAACUGGAUUAGUGCGUGUAAAGGAGCAUUUUCCUCGUUGUCAGCAUGUGUACCACGUGUUGUGUAUCUCAGCUGGCCUGCUGCUGUGGACCGGCUGCCUGCUCGCUAUGCUGCGGCUGCUGUCCCAAGAUCAAACAGUCCACCUCGACACGAUUCAUGUACGCUCUCUUCUUCAUGCUGGUCACGGUGACCUGUGUCAUCAUGAUGUCCCCCACUGUGGAGACUGCAAUGCGAGAACAUAUUCCUUUCUACACAGAAAUGUGUCAACAGCUCAAUGCGGGGGAGAACUGCAGUACCCUAGUGGGCUAUUCAGCCGUAUAUAAAGUCUGUUUCGGCAUGGCCUGCUUUUUCUUAUUAUUCUCUGUGUUCACCAUUCGUGUGCGAACCAGCACAGGAUGCCGGGCAGCUGUUCACAACGGGUUCUGGUUCUUUAAGUUCGUGGCUUUGCUGGCCUGCUGUGCAGGCGGAUUCUUUCUCCCAAAUCAAGACAAGUUUCUAGAAGUCUGGCGUUAUGUGGGGGCAGCUGGUGGUUUUCUCUUCAUCAUGAUCCAGUUGAUGCUUCUCAUUCAGUUUGCCCACAGAUGGAAUCAAAACUGGUACUCAGGAGCCAAAUAUAAUAAAAUGUGGUAUGCAGCGCUGGCUUUUGUCACACUUGUGCUGUUCUCCGUGGCAGUGGGAGCCAUGGUGUUUAUGAUCAGGUUCUACACCCACCCAGAGGCCUGCUUCCUCAACAAGCUCUUCCUGGGAGUCAACUGCGGCCUGUGCUUCGUCGUGUCCCUGCUGGCCAUCUCGCCCUGCAUUCAGACCUUCCAGCCCACCUCAGGUCUGCUGCAGCCCGCGAUCAUCACUGUCUACGUCAUGUACCUAACCUUCUCAGCUCUCGCCAGCAAACCCAUUGAAAUGGUGGAGGAAGACGGAAAAAAUGUCACUGUCUGCGUUCUUCCCUUUAAAUCAGGACUGAAGAAUGACACUAACAUAGUGACGGGCAUCGGAACGGUCAUACUGUUCGGCUGUAUACUGUACUCUUGUUUGAUCUCCACCACCAAGAGGAGUACAGCAGCAUUGCAAGUGUACAGGAACGAUAUGCCUGAAAAUGAGAGAGCACGCUGCUGCUUCUGCUGUGUUGAUGAUACAGAAGACAAUGAUGACGAGAAGACUGCAGGAGGGCAGAAUGUGAAGUAUGAUGAGAAAGAUGGCACAAUCUACAGCUACUGGUACUUCCAUUUUGUUUUCUUUCUCGGCUCCCUCUACGUCAUGAUGACCGUAACCAACUGGUUUCAUUAUGACAAUGCAAAGAUCGAGAGGCUGCUGGAGGGGAGCUGGUCAGUGUUCUGGAUCAAGAUGGCAUCAUGUUGGGUCUGUUUAUUUCUGUACAUGUGGACCCUGGUGGUUCCCAUGCUCUUCCCAAAGAGAUUUCAAGCCUAAAAACUCUUCACACAUGAUCCAGUAUCACCACUGUCCAUUUACAACUACUGUGUGUGUGAGAGAGAAAGAGAGAUUAUGAUGAUAAUGUUUAUGUUGUUUGUUUUUUUUAAUUUGUUUUAGUAUAGUAACGGCUCAAAAGCUGCUUAUGUUUUGUUUUAAGUAUAUUUCCAUGGAGAUUUGUUACAGAAAUCAUGUUAUGGUUGUUCCCAUACUGAUGUAGGGCUCUUGUUUUCCUCUAACAUGAAGGUAUAAAAACAAAGCAUUGCUCAGGCUCACACAUCACCUGUAAGUGUCUUGCUUGUUACGCUUUUCUUUUGGUAGCUGAAGAAUUCUAUGCAAAUCCAAAAACCAUCUGGGAUUUUCAUUCAAGAGUUUGUCUGCAUUUUUGAAAGUAAUAUUUUUAGGUUUUUAGUGUUUUUAUAGUUAUGUUAUUUCACUACGAGGGUGUUUUACUAAGGUAACAAGAUUUCAGUUGCAUGGCUGCACUCAUGGGAACAAAAACCAUCUGAGAAAUGACUCCGCAAGGUUAUUCCUGUACAUGUAUAUGAAUAGAUUUACUCAUAUGAGAGGUCUUGUUACUGUAUUUAUUGAAACAUCCUCAUAGCUUCCUUUUAAGACUGCACCAAAACAAUAUUUCCAAAUAAGUCUGCAACAUUCCUAAAGUUUCCUGUCUUUCGGUUUCAUCUUCAAUCUCAGGUAGUGAUGAAUGCUACAUAUUUAGCAUAUGGUAUUUCCAGUGAAUCAUACCAUUCUAAGUAAAGCAUGUGACUGCCAUUCCCAGUAAAGGUUUGUACACUGAUUAAAAAUGGACAGGGAAAGCCAAGGCCACAACAUUGUGCCCCAAAAACUUAAACUGCCAUGCAGAUUGUCAUCAGAUUGUUAUAUGUAUGGCCCACAGCAACAUUGAAACAUUUUUCUUGCUUACUUUCCUUAUUUUGUUACAAUUUAAAUGGUGCUUUAGACCAUGGAUGUCCAUAUUUUAUCUCAGCUCAUGCACUAGGCCAGCAAGCAUGCCAUUUCUCAAAGAACACGUUUAUAUACCAUCUUUUAUACUUAUAAAGCAUUGUUACAGCUCUGUACAGCUAUUCUAUUUAACCUUUCAGAGGUUUUAUUGCUAAAAGUGCAUGUUUGUGUUUCUUGAUUGUGGUGUUCGGUUUACAUAGUUACAGGAUCUGCCUAUAUUAGACGUACUGUAGCAUUCCUGAUGCUCCCUGGUAGAAAAAAAAAAAGUGGUUGGCGUUGUCAAUGAUGAAGGAAAUAGAAUCUAGAACUGGAAUUAUUUGACAUUUUAUGGUUAUUUCCUGUGUAGCAGUUGUAGCUGCCCUAAAUGUUUUGACCAAACUACAGACAAACCAAAAUCUCAGUCACUAGAAUUGGAGCUGCCAUGUCUUUACUUUGUUACUUUAUGAAUAACUUCUCUUAAAUGCCCUAAAGAAAUCUGAUGAUGUUUUUCUAAGUUUUGAGUAAAUUAAAUCUUUGCCUUAAACAUUACAUGUUACAACUGCAUCAAGCUAUACUGUUUUAUGUAGCCUGUGAAUAAUUUGAUGCUCAGUAUUUGGUUUAAGUGUUUGUCUAGAUUAAACAUUAUGCUUUCCUUUACUUACAAAUAUGCUGAACAUAAAUGUGACAUUUAAUUGCAAUAUGUGCUUUAUGUAAAUAGUCCUUUGUAAAGAUGACCACUAGGUGUACUCAUAGUAUUGCAAAAAAAAGUAAUCUUGCGCUUAGUGCUGUUCUCACUAAUUUCGCAUGAAGGCAUUAUAAUCCAAAUGUACAGUAAGUUUAAAACAACUCUCUUCCUCAUUUAUAUGCCUUGUUUAUUAUUAUUAUUAUUAUUAUUAUUAUUAUUAUUUACUUUUUCUCAUCAUUUCAAUGUUUCAUGAAGGGUCAAAUGAGUUUAACUGUUGCAGGAUCAAACCCAUAUUCUUUAUAGUGUUUUUAUUGGUAUUGCCACUUUCAAUAAAAAAAGACAAAUGGA